AUGUUUAAAAAUAACAACAACAACAGCAAUAAUAAUAAUACUAGUAAUAUUAGUACUGGAAAUGGAAGUAGUAAUAUAUUUGUAGCUAUAAGAGUCAGACCAGAGACUGAAGAGGAGAUAAACGAUCGUGCUACAAAAACAGUUGUCAGAGUGGUCGAUAGUAAUGUAAUUACACUCGACACUGUAUCACCACCUUCCAUCCGACUACGACAACACUCGCAGAAUGACUCUGAACAACGUUUCAUAUUCGAUCGUGUAUUUGAUCAAUUCGCCACACAAAAAGAAGUUUUCGAAAAUACAACAAAAGAUGUUAUAAAAUAUGUGGUAAAUGGAUUCAAUGCAACUGUCUUUGCUUAUGGAGCAACUGGAGCAGGUAAAACUCAUACGAUGAUUGGCAAUGAAAAGAGUGGACCUGGUGUCAUGGUGUUGACUAUGCGCGAUCUCUUUGAGGAGGUCGAGAAGAACAAUAAUAAACUAAAGAUUUCUAUGUCCUAUCUGGAGAUCUACAAUGAGAAUAUAUACGAUCUGCUGGUGAAUGACAGUAAGCCUCUGGGACUGCGAGAGGACGCCAGCCGUCAGGUGGUAGUAGCCGACCUCACAGAGCGUUAUCCGACAUCAUCGAACGAGGUCUUUAAAAUGCUGGAGUUUGGAAACACCAAUCGUAAGCAAUCGCCUACCAACGUCAAUAAAGUGUCAUCUCGUUCACAUGCCAUUCUCCAGGUGUUUAUUCGCUCUGCAAACACCAGUGGCAAUGUCACCAGCGGAAAACUAUCGCUGAUCGAUCUCGCUGGAAGUGAGCGUGCCGCCAAAACAAUGAAUCGCGGCGUCAGACUAGUCGAAGGUGCCAAUAUCAACAAAUCGUUGCUCUCGCUUGCCAACUGUAUAAAUGCACUCGCCGGUAAGCCCGGACAAUACAUUCCGUACCGUGACUCGAAGCUGACCAGAAUCCUCAAGGACAGUCUAGGUGGAAAUUGCAAGACCGUCAUGAUCGCCAAUAUCAGUCCAAACUCGACAUCCUACGAAGAGACACACAACACACUGGUGUAUGCCAAUCGUGCCAAAGACAUCAAGACACGUGUCGCCAAGAAUGUACUCAACGUAAACACUCAUCUCAGUCAGUACACAGAGAUUAUCAAAGAGCUAAGAGAGGAGAUUCGUUCUCUAAAAUAUAAACUAUCGGAUAGAGGUGAAAUAGAGGCAAGCGAUAUGGAGGAUAGUAAUAAUAACAAUAAUCACCAUAAUAACUCUAUGAAUGGUAGUACUCUUAUGGAUUCAACGUUCGAUGAUACCUAUGUCAACCAGAUUUCAGACGAAAUCAACCAAAAUCUCAAUGAAACGCUCAAUCUGAAAAAGAUGCAAAGUUGUCUCGAUGACCAAGCCGAACAAAUCCAAUCGGCUAUGGAUAACAGUAGAUCGAUAAUUAAUACAUUCCUCAACGAUCCAGAUAAGGCAGAGAUAGUUAAGGAGUUAAAAGAGGAAUACCUACAAAAGAAACAAGAAUUACAAUCUAUUGAAACUAAACAAUCAGAGAUUCAAGUAGAUUUAAAUGAAAAGGAUACUUGGAGAAAGAAAUUACAAUUGGACUUACCAUCCAAUAUUAAAUGCCAAAAAUAUCAAAACUAUUUGAUUCAACAGGCAAGAGCUGCCAGUUUGGAGUUGGAUAGAUGGGAUAUUAGUGACAAGUUCCUCAAACAGAAUAAAUCACAACAGGAAAGAAUCAAUGAAAUGGCCCAGUUGGAGAAAAAUCAUUGUCAGGCUAUCGAUGUUUUAUAUAGUGCUCUCACUGAGGGUUGGAGAAUUAUUAAUGAUAAUGUUCCAAAUACAAGUAUACCUGUAGAGUUUGUAAAUAAUUUUUUGAUAUGUUCGAAAUUGAGAAAUAGAUAUAUGAAUGGUGGUGAUUCGUCAGCAAAGAAAUUACCAAAGCAAAAACAACAACAACACCAACUAGUUCAACAACAAUUAAAUUCUUCUCAGAAUGAAGAUCAACAAUCACCUCCACUUCAACAACAGAAACAACAACCAGUUCAACAAAAAGUUCAACAACAACCACAACCAGUUCGACAACCUAAAUCAAUAUUAAAGAAAACUCCAGCACCAGCAGCUAAUUUGGUACCGACUUUAACAAAGAAAAGAGUUUUGGAUCAAGAUAGCAAUAGUCCAAUGGAGGAACAACCCAGAGUUUUGAAGAAACCAACACUACAAUCUAAUAAACCUGGUAGUCGAACUAUUUUAGAAGCUAUUCAAGUUUCAAAUAAUAACCAGGUACCUGAACAACCUCCAGCCGCUAAACCUGUUCGACAACUUCGUCCACUUGGUAUUUCACAAACAUCUGUACAAUUAAAACGUAUCCCACAACAACCUCUACAAAGUAAUCCAAUUUUAACUCAACACCAACCUAUUCAACCAAUCUCUAAGCCACAACCAACCAAUUCAACCAAAACAUUACAACCAACAAUCAAUUCAAAUUUAGCAGUAAAUGGUAAUACAGAUGCUGUUAAACGAGUAAAGUUCAAUCCAAAUCACCAACCACCUACCAUCACUCCCGACGAGAACAAUCAACAAAUCAAUAUUGAAGAAAACAACAAUAUUGAUAAUCAAAAAACUCUUAGACCAAUGAAAACAAGAAUUAUUAUCACUAAGAAAGUACCAACAUCACUCGUUGCCACUAAGAAGGUGAAGUAA